UGACGGCAACUCGUAACAAACACAAGGCCACAUCCCCUUUUGAUCUUGACCAAACGGAGCCGGCCAAACCACACGGAAAAAACUGCGACGUAUCGACUCAAAUGGAUGGUUAUGUUCCCGCUUCUUAGCCGGCUCCCCGAGCGGCCGGCUGACCACGCUGCUCGCGGCCGACUUCGUGGCAAGCCUUAAAGCGUACGUGACAGCUUGGGCUUGCUGCAAUUGCUCAGCUCAUCUAAGACGAAUUCCUCUGCUUGCUGAUGACUUCGGCAAUGGGCUCUCCCCAUGUGUCUCGAGUUGCCGCCGUCGCGGCGGUGAUGGUGUUCGUGGUAGUCUUGCCGGCGUCGGCCCACCCGUCCGGCUUGCCGGCUGAGGCGCCUCCGUUCCCGAACCCGUGGGCUGCGUUCCAGAACCUCUCUGGUUGCCACAUGGGCGAGGAGCGGAAGGGCCUGGUCGGGCUCAAGGACUACCUCAGCCACUUCGGCUACCUCCCGCCGCCGCCGCCGUCAUCCCCGUUCAGCGACGCGUUUGAUGAGGACCUGGAGGCGGCUAUCGCGACCUACCAGCGCAACUUCGGGCUCAACGCCACCGGCUCGCUGGACCCGUUCACCGUCGCGCAGAUGGUCGCCCCGCGCUGCGGCGUGGCCGACGUCAUCAACGGGACGUCCACCAUGGGGAGGAGCACUUCGGACGCCCACGGCAGGCACCUGUACGCGUACUUCCCCGGCGGCCCGAUGUGGCCGCCGUUCCGGCGGGACCUUAAGUACGCGAUCACCGCGACCUCGGCGACGUCCAUCGACCGUGCGACGCUGAGCGCCCUCUUCGCGCGCGCCUUCUCCCGGUGGGCCGCGGCCACGAACCUGCGGUUCACGGAGACCGAGUCGGGGUCCGACGCUGACAUCACGAUCGGGUUCUACGCUGGCGCGCACGGCGACGGCGAGCCGUUCGACGGGCCCCUGGGCACGCUCGCGCACGCGUUCUCGCCGACGGACGGGCGGUUCCACCUGGACGCCGCGGAGGCGUGGGUGGUGGGCGGCGACGUGUCGCGCGCGUCCUCGCCGGUGGCAGUGGACCUGGAGUCCGUGGCGGUGCACGAGAUCGGCCACCUUCUGGGCCUCGGUCACUCGUCGGUGCCGGACGCCAUCAUGUACCCGACGAUCCGGACGGGGACGAGGAAGGUGGAGCUGCAGUCCGACGACGUGCAGGGGAUACAGAGCCUUUACGGGAGCAACCCCAACUUCAAGGGCGUCACGCCAACGUCGCCGUCGACAAGCAGCCGGGAGAUGGACAGCAACGCGGCCGCAGGUUUCCGGCCGGGUAGUGGUUUUCUUGGGGUGGUUGUGGCAGUUGGCCUGCUCCUAGUGCUGUAGUCAUUAUCAUUUUUUCCGACGUGUCACGUCCUUCAUCGUUUCAGUUUCUUGUUCGAUUAGUUUAUUCUUGGAUAGAUUCUUGUGUACAUACUAUGACUAUUACGGAAUAAUAGAUCACAUAGUUUAUAUA